CGCGCGGACGAUGCACUGCGCAGGUGCGGACUCUGGGGGCGUUGGUGUGAGGCGGCAGCUGCUACACGGAGGCGGCAGCUGCUACACGGAGGCGGCUCCUGGAGGAUGGAGACCCCCGGGAUGGCGGCGGUCUAGGAGACUGAGGCAAGGUUGAUCCCAAUAGCUCCGCCUCUGCCUAGGAUUUUGCUGCACAAGAAGACCAACUCUUCCCUGAGCCUGGAUCUUGUGAGGACUUUCUGGUUUGUGGAAGCAUAGCCCAGUGAUCAUGCUAGCAGAACUGAGGCAGAAUCGACUGUUCCUGUGGAUCUGAGGAUCCAGAAACUUGAGCUAUAGAAACAGCCUCAGCCUGCGUGACCAGAGAAAAGACAGGCCGUGGUUUUUCAUCAUCUGCAGCUUCUCAAUUUCCAGCCUUACCAGAAAUUUUGUGCUGAGCCACCAAGGCUUUCCAAAAGGAAUACUGUUAAGACAUGAAUGAAGGCGCUUGCUAUCCCCCUAAGGGGGCAGGGAGAGGAGAAGACCAGACUAUGAGAAUUUCUGUGGAGUCCUCUCUGAUUGAUGAGAACGGCGGCUUCCUUCCAGCCGUCAGAUGUGUUCCAGUAUCCGUCCUGAAAUACCAGAUGGACCUCCAGGAUCUGACUGAGGAAGACAGUAGCUUGGAGCCGGUCGCCGCGGGCGACAGUCUGGAGAUGCUCAGAGCCGAGGAGGAGUGGGAGUCAGUGGAGAGCAUUCGGCCAGAAGUGGGCUCCUGGGAGAGGCCAGACAGGACCGGGCAGCUGAUUUCCUUCAACGAGGCCCUCCAGCACUUCCAGACAGCCGACCUCUCCGUCUGCAGGGAAAAGAUCCAGUCAACGGUUCCUCGCAGGGGGCUCUCGGCUUUCCUCCAUUGCCUCUUCGGGCCCCCCCAGCUGUGCGACGGCCUUCAGGAAGAACGCGACUUGAUCCUGGCCAUUGCCCAGUGCAGCCUAGACCACAAAGACCCCGUGCACGGCCGCGUCCUGCAGACCAUCUAUAAGAGGCUCACGGGUUCCAGAUUUGACUGCGCCCUCUCCGGGACCCACUGGGAGGAACUGGGCUUUCAAGGAUCGAACCCGGGCACAGACCUUCGAGGGGCGGGCUUCCUGGCCCUCCUGCAUCUGCUCUACUUGGUGAUGGACGCCAAAACCCUCCUGCUAGCCCAUGAGAUCUUCCGCCUUUCCCAGCACCACGUCCAGCACUUUCCCUUCUGUGUGAUGUCCGUGAACAUCACCCAGAUAGUGAUCCACGCCCUUCGGGAGGAGUGUCUCUCCAAAGAAUGCAAUCGCCAGCAUACGGUGAUCCCGGUCGUGAACAGCCUGUAUGCAGCCAUCUUUCUCCACCUGGCCUACAUCUGGAAGACCCAGCAGAAAACCAUUCUAGACUCCAGCUUUGUUCUUAAAGACCUGGAAAUCCUGGCCAAAAGGAAUCCAAAGCAGUUGCUCAGGAACCUGGACAUCUACUUGACCAAAAGGACCAAAGGGCUCUCCCCGGGGAAGUUGUCGAGAACGCAGAGCAUCCCUGAAUCCCAUGGCUCCCACCCAAAGACCCUCACCUUCACAGGAAUAUGUGACCUGCACUAGACACAAUUGAGGGGUGCAGGCUGUUGGGCUCCAGCAGCCCCAAGAUGUGGACGCCAGAGCUCGACGCUCUGGGAGGGGCCCGCGCGGGCCGUCACCUAGGAGUACGGCCUGUCAGCCCUUUUCUGUCGCUGAGGUAUAGCUUUUAGAGGGAGAACCUGGCCCGGAGACAGAAUCCCCUAGUACCUCAAGCCCCCAGGCCGUGGUAAGCACCCCCGGGCCAGAUCCCCAGAAGCACGGGCAGCAAAACUUAGAGCCCGCUCCGCGCGGACCGUGCCCAGGUUUGUCGGCCUGUCCGCGUAGCAGAGGCCUCCCUAGCGCUCCCGCUUCUGUGCCGAGAUUCAGCAGAGACCAGUGGGGCUGUAAGCUCUCGCUCUGCCCGAUAUUUGGGUGAGGAAUGGGCAGAUUGAGGUAAGAGAGAGUAACUCAAAGAAGUAGAGCGUUCAUUCUUUGGCACGAGAGCUUUCCAGGCUCAAUGACCUCGGUGACUAGGAGCAGAAUUAGUCUGAGCCUGAAGAGCAGUAGGAUAGAAGAGAAGAAAAAGGCAGUGACGGCAGCAACCGCUGUUGGAGGUUGUCGGGCCUGCGGGAGGCUGGCCUGGGCCCUUGUCCCCUCUGUCAGGGCCGGGUGGCUCCCCUAGGCCGGACACCGGAGCCCCGGGGCUUCCUGAUCUUCCCGCCACCUUCACGUGGGAGCUGGCUAGAGACAGCCAGGCGGAGGAAGGAGCAGUUCUCAAAUAAAAAAAAGAUUACCCAA